AUGGCCGUCGACAUCAACGAGCUUCUCCUUCUAGAGGCCGAGCUGAAGACCUCACGUGAGCGUGAAACAUUACCUAUUAGUCUAGAUGCCAAGUUGAAUAUCCUCAAGUACCUUCAAGUACAGACGGGCCUGCGCAGCAUCGCCCCUGUUCGAUCGAAGGGGCUCUUCCAGUCCAAGGUCUUGGAUGUACAGGACUGCGGCGAGGACGAGAAACUUGAACCACAGCUACAGUUCUCUCUUGCAGAGGCUGACCUUGCAAAGCCGCGUUUGGACGAGCUGGUUGCGAAGGUUGCACAGGACUCGAGCAAGUACGAGGUUCAAUGCGUGGACGUCAAGUCUCGGGAAAGUACACAACGGAAGGCCAGCAGAUUCUGGGAUGGGGGCGUCCGAAAGGUUGCUGACAUGGCUAGGGUGACUGUAAUCUGCGCCACACCGGAGGCCCUGGAAGAGGUGUACUUGGCUAUCAUCAUGGCAUUGCCCAAGGCGAGUAGGACAUGCAGAUUUCCCGUCAACCCGCAAUAUUGGAAUCGUGCCGUACUCAUUAUGUGCUGUUUGUCAUGA